AUGGCUCGUCGCAGCAGUCUCAUCCUGGUGCAUCCGACGAAAACCCCUCAGCCACUCCUUCAGCAUCCGCACGAGCCGAUGCCCACCGUUUCCGCCCCUAGCACUGCCCCAGUGCAAGUGCCCUGCACUUUGACCCCCCCGCGGCGGCACCCCUUGCAACAGGAGCGGUUUCUCACCAGUGAGGGAGGUCCGGCAAGCAACGCCUGCAGCGCGCACCGUGAGUCGCCGCUGCCGCGCCCUGUCUCUCUACGCUCACAGGUGCCACUCGAAAAGGUGAUGCGGGUGUCGCACACGCAUCCACACUCGCGCAGCCCGGCACCGGGGUGGCGUGCUCCGUGCGCCUCUGCUUUCAAGGGCGACGUCAUGCCCGCACAACUGUCUUGGACUGGCGUGCAGCCGCCAAAACGCUGCACAACAGCCAUGCAGCACGACGAGGACACAAGUCUGCAAGCGGACUUGUUUGAUCCCAAGAACGACUGGAUGGACCUCAUCGAGCCGCUUCGACCACAGACAAUUACAGUGUCCCCGCAAGGUGGCACUGUGGUGUACACGGAGCACCCCUUGACAAGUCCAGCGGGGGACCCCGCAAGACCGGUAGGCCCUAUGUCUCCGUCCAUCAGUCGUAAACGCAGCCGCAGCGCGCAGACGCCACUCGCUGCCGCCCGGCAGAUAGCUGUAGCGACGCCGGCAAGCAUUGCGCUUACCAUGGAUGGUAGCGCCUCAUCCGGUGCCAAGUCGCUGCGCGUCGCUGCAACGCCCAUCUCUGACGUGUCGCAGACCCCUCGCAGCUCGACACGCGGGCGUAAAAGCCAAGCGGAGGAGCUACUGGACAUGCUACCGGCCGAGGUGAUCGCCGAGGUGGCCCGUAUAGAGGAGGCAGAGGAAGUUGCAGCGGCAGCCUCAGCAGACUUGGGUGAUUGCCGACCGUCUCUAGGCUCAUCAGCCGGUCGAUUCAGUGGCGUCUCCGACGGGGACUCGACGCUCGGCCUCGUGUCCACCAUUUCUCAGCGUGUCUCGAAACGACCGCGGCGUACAUACCACAACUACGACUACUACAUUCAGUACCUGGAGGGUCUGGCCAGCUCCAGUGCGAAAAAGGCGCGCAAAUGUUCGGUUCGCCGCAUGCACCGAGCCGUCAUGAAGGACGUUGCCAGCAACACGGCGAAAACAGUUGUGCAGCGUGGAGGUGGGGAUCAGUCCCCCGCAACUGCAACCGUGUCCACCGCAGAAUCUCCCGCGCCACGUGGCAGCGGCAGCCAGUCAGCGUCGCCGCGUGGCAGUGGAAGAGCUGCUGCGCGCACGAAGGUAUCGACCAUGCAUGCGUCGGAGGAGGUUGUCGUGUCACCCCAGGCCCUGUCCUCCACGCCUGUCGGUGGCCGCCGUCAGUUGGAGGUCUCUACGUGUCUGUCUGCUGAGCUUCAGAAGGCACUGUUCCAGCAACCGUCUCCGGCGAAGGCGAAGCGGCAGCGCAACCCUCGCAGGACCUCUCCCAAGUCAUCUGCCAAGUCUACCAAAACAGCGAAGAAGUCGCCGACCACCUCCCCAAAGAAUGAAGGCUCAGCCAUAUCCACCACCAAACAGAAGGCUGCAAAGAAGGCUCCGCCGUCCAUGCGUGGCAAGAGGUCAGUGAAAAAGUUCUGCACGGCCAAGUCGAUGCGGCUACCGCGGCGUGGUGCAAAGGACAGCAAAGCGUAA